AAAAAAACCUCUUUUGAUAAACAGACUGGUCCCACAAACCAUUCUCUCCGUAACUCCAUUCCGCUCCGUGUGGGCGGCGUUACAUAAUGUUGUUUUGUCGCUAUUCACAAGAAUACUUAAAUGUUCUUAACUAAAAUAAAACAAGACACCACACACGCGGGCGGGCAGGCGGACUCCCACGACUCGACCUAGCCUCGAGUAGCGAGCGGCAAUCUGAAGAAAUUAUUGGUGUAUUUGGUGUGAAUUGCCAGAUCAAUAACAACGCAUCCUCGGAAGAUUUUCCCGCCGUAGAAAAACGUGGCAGUAUAGUCGCUGUAUUACGCCACGGCACACGAGGGUAUGCGAAACGCCCGCACAGUCACGCCGAUUCUUCUAAACAUGUUUGGACAAAAAAUAAAGCAUUAAAGGAAUGUGACAGCCGAAUCGUUUUUUAUUGGUAACGGUUCGCCGACAUUUCCUCCCUUUUUUGUCUGGGAAUGACAUUGCCAGCAUCAGAUAUAUAAAGGAGAAGAAAGGAAGAUACUAAAAAAAAAAAAAAAAAGAUCGUUGAGCACGUGGUGAUGUUGUUCUACUGCAAUAGUUGCUCCCGAGAGCGAUAUUGACUCUUGGACAAGUAAUUAUGUUUGAUUUGUUGAAAUAACAGGUGAAUCGACCAAGAAAAUAUAUUGCACAUACUUCGAAACUGGAUUCGUUGUUUGGGAUUUCGCUCUUCUCGGAGUCGGAGGAGCAGAAAUGAUCGAAAGAGAGAGAAAGGGAGAGAGAAAGCGAGAGGAUCCCAGGAGCUAAAAUAGCGGUUUUUAAAAAGCGUUUUCACUUGAAAUAAAACGGCAAACGCUUGUAUUGUGAAUUAGGCUCUACAUCGGCGCUGGGAAAAGAAGUUUUCUCUUGGUUUUUUGUUUGUUUUGUUUUUUGGUUGCAGUUUUUUUUUAAUUUUGUUGGUUCCCAUUGCGAAAAGCUGUUCACGGAUUAUCGUUAACACCAUGAAAUGACUUGGAUGUAUUUCUCUAGCAGCACCAACAUCCAGAGUAGGAGUAUUUAUGGAAGAUGAUACAUGCUUGGAAGAUUUCUGCCAUCAUGGUGAUAAUAUAUAAAAUAUCUGCGGCAGAUGUGGCUAAGACUCCCGUGACGUCGUCCCCCGUACCACUUCCAAGCUUUCUGGCCACCAAGACCAACUUCACGUUCAGAGAGGGAGAUCUCGCGAGACUCGAGUGCUCUGUUGAUAACCUCAGUACCAAGAAGGUAAUAUGGCGCCGUAAGUCGGACCCGAACCCACUGACUAUCGGGAGGCGGACGUUCGUGGAGGACACGCGGGUGCUGGUGGAGCACGCACCCCUCCAGAGAGAGUGGAAUCUGCUGAUCAAGCACGUGCGCAUCGAUGACGCCGGAAUGUACGAGUGUCAAGUGAGCUCACGUCACAAACGUCUCCGCUGGUUGGUCAGACUGAACGUCAUACGUAAGUUUCGUCUUACUUCUAUAUAGUCGUGUCUGUAUCUGU